AUGACGCCCCGAGGUGUCACCAUAGAUUCCAACCCGAAGGUGACUGACUCCAACCCCAGCUUACACGGUAACCCGCUACUGAAUGACAAGCACGAAACUUGGCCACUUUGCAACCAACACGUGCACCGGAAUGACAACUCGAAUCUGGUCAAAUUUACAGUCUCUGGAUUUUUAAGUACCGGCGACCAGGCGGCCAAAGGCAACUAUGGGCUCCUGGAUCAGAUCCAGGCGCUACGGUGGAUCGAGGAGAACGUCGGGGCCUUCGGCGGGGAUCCCAAGCGAGUGACCAUCUUCGGCUCGGGGGCGGGAGCCUCUUGCGUCAGCCUCUUGACCUUGUCACAUUACUCAGAAGGUCUGUUCCAGAAGGCGAUCAUCCAGAGCGGGACCGCCCUGUCCAGCUGGGCAGUGAACUACCAGCCUGCCAAGUACACUCGGAUAUUGGCAGAUAAAGUCGGCUGCAACAUGCUGGAUACCACGGACAUGGUCGAAUGUCUUCGGAAUAAGAACUACAAAGAGCUCAUUCAGCAGACCAUCACCCCCGCCACGUACCACAUUUCCUUUGGCCCCGUCAUCGAUGGCGAUGUCAUCCCGGACGACCCUCAGAUCCUGAUGGAGCAGGGAGAGUUCCUGAAUUAUGACAUCAUGCUGGGCGUCAACCAGGGGGAAGGCUUGAAGUUUGUGGAUGGUAUCGUGGACAACGAGGAUGGCGUGACGCCCAACGACUUUGACUUCUCCGUGUCCAACUUUGUGGACAACCUUUAUGGCUACCCAGAGGGCAAAGACACGCUGCGGGAGACCAUCAAAUUCAUGUACACGGACUGGGCCGACAAGGAAAACCCGGAGACGCGACGGAAGACCCUGGUGGCUCUCUUCACAGACCACCAGUGGGUGGCCCCCGCCGUGGCCACAGCCGACCUCCACGCCCAGUAUGGCUCUCCGACCUACUUCUACGCCUUCUAUCACCACUGCCAAAGUGAAAUGAAACCCAGCUGGGCGGACUCAGCCCACGGCGACGAAGUGCCCUAUGUCUUUGGGAUCCCUAUGAUCGGCCCCACGGAACUCUUCAGUUGUAACUUCUCCAAGAAUGAUGUCAUGCUCAGCGCGGUGGUCAUGACAUACUGGACCAACUUCGCCAAAACCGGUGACCCCAAUCAGCCUGUUCCUCAGGACACCAAGUUCAUUCAUACAAAACCCAAUCGCUUUGAGGAAGUGGCCUGGUCCAAGUAUAACCCCAAAGACCAGCUCUAUCUGCAUAUUGGCCUAAAGCCCAGAGUGAGGGAUCACUACCGAGCCACCAAGGUGGCUUUCUGGCUGGAAUUGGUGCCCCACCUGCACAACCUGAAUGAGAUCUUCCAGUAUGUCUCCACCACCACAAAGGUCCCUCCUCCUGACAUGACCUCCUUUCCCUAUGGAACCCGGCGGUCUCCCGCCAAGAUCUGGCCCACGACCAAACGCCCAGCCAUCACUCCCGCUAACAACCCCAAACACUCCAAGGACCCUCAUAAGACGGGGCCCGAGGACACAACCGUCCUCAUCGAAACCAAACGGGAUUACUCCACCGAACUGAGCGUCACCAUCGCCGUGGGGGCCUCCCUGCUCUUCCUCAACAUUUUGGCCUUCGCGGCUCUGUACUACAAGAAGGACAAGAGACGCCACGAGACUCACAGGCGCCCCAGUCCCCAGAGGAACACGACCAACGACAUCGCUCACAUCCAGAACGAAGAGAUCAUGUCGCUGCAGAUGAAGCAGCUGGAGCACGACCACGAGUGCGAGUCCCUGCAGGCUCACGACACGCUGAGGCUCACCUGUCCCCCAGACUACACCCUGACGCUGCGCCGCUCUCCGGAUGACAUCCCACUCAUGACACCAAACACCAUCACCAUGAUUCCAAACACACUGACGGGGAUUCAGCCUUUGCACACGUUCAACACCUUCAGUGGAGGACAAAACAGUACGAAUCUCCCCCACGGACACUCGACCACCAGAGUAUAGCUGCGCGGUUCCCUUCCCCUUCCUCGGCUCCUCCUCCACCGGAGAGAGGGAGAAAGAGAGAAGCAGCAUCCCCACGCGAGGAAUGUCUGUCACCCCACUGACUUAGGACAGAAACAAACAAACAAAAGAAGCAACGGGGCCGCCGUUGUGUCCCCGUGGACCCAUCCUGUUGGCAUUUCCCAGUAUUACGAGAUCAACUUCUGACCCUAUGAAAUGUGAAAACGUGUACAUCUCCGUUCCAGGACUGCUUUACCAUCCCCGUCUCUCCAGCGAAUGUUUAGCGGGACUAGGACAUCACCGUCUCAAGGCCCUGGAUGCUUCCGAUGCAACGAUCGAAGCUGACCCUUGGGGAACUCAGCCAGGGACACUUAAAAAAAAAAAAAAAAAUUUUUUUUUUUUAAUUACACCCGAAAAGCAGAACAAAACAAACAACAGAAAAGAGUUCUUUGUGUGCCAUAUGACGGAUGGCUCUACGGAAGGAAAGAGUCUGUGGGCUUUUACCCAGCAUACGGAGCUGUAAUCCAGAGAGGAGGAAAAGUAGAAUUUUAUUAUUAAAAGAGCAGACUAUGUAGUAACAUACCUAUAGUUCUGGGCAAAGAGAUGUCUUGCCGGCCUGAACUAUAUUUAAAAAACUUUGUAAAAAGCAGAACAAAAAAGUGUAUAUAGCUGUGAGUUUAAACAAAAACGCACACAGAGGAAAAAAAAGAAAAAAAAGAAAAAACCAACCAACAAAAAAGCUUUUAUUGGUGUUUUCAGUUUGAAAGAGCUUUUACCAAGAUUGUGCUUUUCAUUGUGGUCUGUAUGUAUAUAAAUAUAUAUAUACAUUUAGUCAUUCACCUCUGUUUCCUCCCGGACACAGGAGGGUUUUCUUCUUAAUUCCUUGUGGUAAGCAAAGACACGGGGCUUUCUAAUGCAUUUCAUUUGUAGGAGGAUGUGGUGUGGUGCCGCGGACCCAGACUCUCUGUGUGGUGGGGCUCUCCCCCUCUGUGGGUUGCACAAAUGCAUGCAACAGCAUUCUUAGGAAACCGUGGUUUGAGAAAACUUUUAUGUUCGUGUGUUAGCUUCACGAAGUUGCAACGCCAGGACGGAUCCCCAGCGUGCAGUCUCUAUUGAAACCUUUGCGGAAAAAAUUAGAAGCACGCACGCACAGAGCGACGGCAGGAAAAACAAAACACAGAUCUCGGUCUGUAGUUGUGGUUCUUUGAAUAUGUUGAGGGAGACUUGCUUCCCACCCCAGGGUCCUGCCAAAAAAGGAAAGAAAGCUUGCCUUUGGUGGGGCCGUGCCCUGCAGAGUAAAUACGGCUCAGUGUUCACCCACAGCUGCAGAAGGCUGAAGCUGCUGAACUACCUGCUCAGCUUAGCUAAUCAGAUUGAAGCGAGGGCAUGUGUCUUUCCUUUUUUCUUUUCUUUUUCCUUUUUUUUUUGUUUAAGUAGUAAGUCCCUUAUUUAUCAGUAAGCAAGACUUUUUUAUUCUUUCUAUCAUUUAUUGGGUAAAACAUAUGCUUGUCUGAAAAGUCCUGCCUUUUGUGGACUUGUGUAUCAGACCCUGAUCAAUGACUAUUUGCAGGCACGAAACCCACCCACAGAAAAGGACAAAACAUUAAAAAGUGCUUUGCAUGGGUUUUCCGGGAAGUUAGGGUAGCUUUGACCGUCGAGGUAAGAUAACGGAAAUUACUCACCCAUUUUAAAUCAGCAAGCUGGGGACCGGAGAUUCGCCCUCCGACACCUUCCCAUGUUCCCGUCGUCCUUUUCCUUCUCCUGAACGAAUAUUUUGAGUGUCAUAAAGUGGAAGGAACACAUAGCCAGUGGUUACUCUGUAUUGUGUCUUUCGAGAAUUAUUGCAACAUCAGGAAUUAGUAGCCAAAGAUAUUUGAAAAUACUGUCUCUGGGCUCGACUGGCGUUGUUUUGGAAACCCAGGCUUAGAACUCAUUGCUGAGUUGGGGAUUCUCCCCAAAAAAGAGUCCAACGUCCUUUUGCUCCCCGAGCACUACCUUCGCAAAGUGACUCCCCCCUUCCCCGCCCCAGCGCUAAACCUGCAGUGAUCUCCAUCGACGUGUUCGAAAACGCCCUCUAGAAAAAGACAGUCCUUAGAAACGCCUGGAGGUCACCCAAUCAGUCCUGUCGUUUAUCUGGGUUUAAAUUGGAGAGUGGUUGUCUGUAUAUACGUAUGUGAACUCUUUCAAUCCCUACUUUGCACAUGGUGAAACCACACUCCUUUUCUGCAGCUAGAGGUGUCACGGAUACAAGUUUUGUCCCCCAAUUAAUUCAUCACUUUCUAAAGGUAUCGUCAGGUCCUUUCUGCAAGCUGUGUAUUCCCCCCCCACACACACACACACCUGGGCUACGGCAAGUAGGCUCUCCAUCAGUCUACCAUGGGAAGUGAUGCUCAGCAUCAGUGUGGGUCCGGUAUGUUUGUAAUGUGAAUUCCAAUAUUUGUUUAGUAUUUCCAAUUGUCUUCUGCUAGCAAUAUGCACACUAAUGUGUCAGGCUUGUGACAUUUGGAUAAGGGGAAAAAAAAAGAGUUCUUGUUAAGUGAAUAACUUUAGCUUUUACAGAGGAUAUGAUCAAAAGAAAUUUAAUACAUCUUAAAGGAUAUCUUAUUUCUACAUGGAAAGAAGUUAUAGAAUCUUCAUAGAGUUCUAUGAGAAUAAAAUAUACUUGCUAUCUAUAAAAAAGUGAAAAAAGAGAAAAAAAAAUGGGAAAAAAAUUAAGUAAAAAAAAAAAAAAAAAAUUUCCUAGGCUUUUAUUCUUGACCUUCACAGGCACGCAGGGUUUAAUGGUUUCUUGGGUUAUUAUUUUGCAAUUUUGUUUUUGAUUUUGCCUUAAGUAAUGAUAGAAGAUAUAUAUGGCUGGACACAUAUGUAUAAACUUUUCAGCAGCAUUUUUAAUAAUAAAAUAUCACAGUAUUUUCUAA